UGUCAAACAGCAAAGUUUACUGGACCCUCCAUGCAAACUGUCAGCUGAAGACAAAGUGGGGAAACCUUGGAGAGGCUUUCAAUUAUUUGGGCAGCAGUGGGGGAGAAAAACAUAUAUAUAUUUAUGAUGGUGAAAAAAAGACAAACUAUUUAGCAUCUGAAGCAGUGAGUCGACACAUGAAAUCGGAGUCCUCGUAAGGGAAUUUAAAAAACAAAACGCAGGAGUGCGAGACAAGCUAGUACAUCAGUGAGGCUAGUUGAGGAUCUGCCAACACAAAACAGCCUGCAACCUGCAGCCUCUGCCUUCAAGGUGCCUUUACCAUGGUGACACUAAAAGAAUCAAACACUGCACAAUAAGCCAGAGGGGGACAAAAAGAUUUGUUGCUACUGCAUUGCCUCACUUUCAUCUCAUCCUCUUUGAACACUUUGUUCCCACACUGGCACUAACCUGCUGCAGACAUGCAUCUGGAAGUGAAAGUCGCUCUCAACUUCAUCGUGUCCUACCUGUACAACAAGCUGCCUCGUCGACGAGCCGACCUGUUUGGCGAGGAGCUGGAGAGGAUACUAGUGUCUCGUUUUGAGGGUCACUGGUACCCCGAGGCCCCGCUCAGGGGCUCUGCUUUCCGCUGCAUUCACCUGGGUGCGCCGAGGGACCCUGUGGUGGAGUUGGCUGCCAAAAGAAGUGGGCUGGACACGGAGGAGGUGCGGGCAAAUGUUCCUGCAGAGUUGAGUGUGUGGAUUGACCCUUAUGAGGUGUCCUACCAAAUUGGAGAGAAGGGUGCAGUGAAAGUGCUCUAUCUGGAGGACCCCCCUGGCCUCGGUUGUGACAGCGAGCCGGCCGAAGGGGUCAUCAGAGAGGCCAAAGGAGAUGCAGAGACGGAGGAUGCCAAGAGCUUGGGCUUUAAUCCAGAUGCUCAAGUGUUUGUACCAGUUGGAAGUCAGGCAUCUCCUUCCUUAAUGCCAUCACUCUCCAGUUCUCCCACACCCCUGUCUGCCCAGUCCUGCCCUGGAAUCUUCAGCUACCCCAGCUCCAGCACACCCACCGAUCCCAGCAUCCAUUCCUCCAACACAUCUACUCCUUCUCCUCCGAGCGGCGGUCUGCCCUACCUCUCCACUCAGCAGCCACCUGCUGCUCUUCCUGCUGCCCGUCCACAACCAAUCACCUUCACCACUGCCAGCUUCGCCGCCACUAAAUUCGGCUCCACCAAAAUGAAGAAGUGCAGUGGGGCCGGGUCAGGGUCUGCAGGCUCUGGUGUCAUCGUACCACCAUCCCAGAGGAUACUCUCCCGCUCUCCUACCACCAUCUCAGCACCAGAGCUGCUUAAGCACAAGCCCCUCUCUCUCUCCUUGCACUCCCUCGGGGGUCCCAUCCACAGCCAGCUCUCCCCCAACGCCAAAGAGUUUGUCUACCCAGGAUCCCCAGGCCCUCUUUACUUCGAUGCAGACACCCAGCCCAUGCAGCCUCUUACCAGCCCUUUCCAGCCCCCGCACACCAUCAACACCCACCCACCCUUUGAUCCGUUCUCCAGCCCUCCUGCCCAGAGUGUGGGCAUCAUUGGCAGCAGUGGAGGGAUCUCUUACAUGGAGAAGCCGCCGUUUGUUGAGGGUUUAGGAAGCUACAACCUGCAAUAUCCCAGCCAGUCUUUCCAGCCUGUCGUGCUGGCCAACUAAGCCUUCAUUUGUAAUAAGAAUUGUUGCAGGAGCAGUUGGGUGUACGGCAAUGACCCUCCUGAUAUUUUCAGUUUUUCUAACAAAUUGUUCUAAUACUAAUGCGUGUUAAGAAUUAGUUUUACUACGAAGAUUUAAAAUGUCCACUAAAUAUUUAGUGUGAUUUGUUUGGUAUCUCUAUAACCUGCCCCAAACCACACCCUCCUCCUACUUCCCGUCUCCAUUGCUGUUACUCGUCAUGAUUUGUGUUGGCUUGAAUGGGUGCUUUUUUUUUUCUGUCUACCUUUUUGCCUUCUCCAAUUUCAUGUUUAUGAUUUUGCAAUGAAUGCUAAUGUGAGUGUGUUUUGUUUUUGGGGUUUUUUGGGGUUUUUUUCCCCCCUUUUUUCUUCUUUUGUUUUUUGGAACUUGUAGUCUAAUGGACUCUAGUAUAGCUCCAUUUUGCACUGCACUGUCAUGCUGUGAAAAAGGACUUUGCCAAGUCCUGCAGGGAACGACGGCUGUGGAAAACUCAGCACUUUGCUCUGCAAUCUGCUCUGCCCUACUUGCCACAAAUACGGGGUGGGGUUGGUGGAGGGGCUCUGCUCUCUGUGCGUAUAGUUCACUUCUGUUUUGUCGUGGUUCAGAGUGAUUGAGAGACUCGUUGCUUGCACGGUGAAGCCCUGUUACCUUUGAAACAACCUGACGCACGGGCAUAUUUCGAGUCUUGUUGGUGGACGCAUGUUGAAAGCAGGUUAUCAUCAGCUGGAAUGGGCACGUGACCGGAGUUUCAAUGAAGCGAGGGCAGAUAAGGGGAGAAUCGAGGCCCUAAAAGUAAUGUAGUUGAAUGUAUUGUACCUGUCAAGGGAAAUUGCAGCUGUGAAGGUCGGCAAUAUGGAUUUCGGGGUGGGGGGGGGGGGUACCUUUUAUAUGAAUGUGAAAACAAAUGAAUCUUUUGAAUUUUAAGACGAUAACAAUGUGCUGAUUAGGCCAGUUGUGCACAUAAAGAUGCAAGUGAUGGUUUCACACGUAUUCAAACAUAAACCAGUCAGCAGCAUAUGAAGGUGAACAGGCGGGGAAGGAU